AUGGUGCAAAUAGAAUAUGGAUGCAUAUUACCUAGCAAUGACAACUGUGCCAAUGACAAUGAUGAUAACAAGGAGGGUGCCCAGUGUUACUCCUACAACUACCGCAAUCGGGGUGCCGUCAUCAUGAUGUGUUCACUUACGUCCAAAGAGGCAUGUGCCAUGGGUAACAUCACAGCUAGCAUUCAAGCAGCUCUUGCUACAACGCCGGGAACAAUCCUUCCCAUACCAGCCAGAUUCUGCUCCAUUUCAAAUGAUUUCUUUAAGGAACCAGAAUUUAUGAGCGGAGAGGAAUUUUUAAGGAGCAUUGAAGCCAGGCUGGCUAGAAUGGAGGAAUUAGCGAACGCAUUCCAUGAUUACCAGACUGACAACUUUAGGAGAGAAUUAGAGGAUAAACAACUUAGAGCAAGCAUUGCAAAGACCACUGUAUGUUGCAACAAAUCUCAGAACAACGGAAGCACACAGGAUGAUGAAAUAGCAAAGCUAUUAAAGAUCUACGACCCAGACAGAGAAAAGGAACUGGCGGAUGUUUUCAGAUAUCGAGAAUAUUCAGAAGAACUAGAAACUAUAGAGGAAAAGGACUAUGAUUAUGAUGUUGAUGAGGAAAAUGCAUGCAAUGAAGAGUUUUCUCCCAACUGCAAAUAUGGGGCUGAAUAUUUGGACUGGCUGAGGAACCAAGUUCUGUGCAAAGAGGACUUUGGUAAACGAUAUGAUGAUCAAGUUGAAAGCAACCAGAAGUUCUCAGUUGAGUUCGAAACCGGGACUGAAUAUUUGCAAUGGUUGGAACUCCAGAUUCCUUAUGAAGAACCUUUUCAACAUCAAGAUGAGACGCACUAUUACUUUUUCCGAAAGUGGAGAAAAGAUGACCUCCAGUAUUAUUCUAACAUGGAAUGUUUGGAUGAAUUCGAAAAUGAGGACGAAGAAGAUGAAAUAGAGACAGAUGCUUCUGAUCUGUUCACAAGUAACCUUACGCCGAUUGACGAAGAAACCAAACCAGAGUUUGUUUCUGGAAGACAAUUGGUGGAAUGGUUGGGGAGGAGACUAGAAUAUAUAGAGCCAUUUGCACCAAAUGAUGCGGUCCACUUCUAUUUCAAACGAAGAUGGAGCCGUGAGAAAUUUGUUGCUACUGUCGAUAUACUGGAGGAAAUGGAAAACGAAGACGAUGAAGAUGUACUUGAAACAGAAGUUUCUGAUCUCGACAUAAGUCAACUUAAACCAACUAAUGAAGAAACCAAGCCAGAUUUUGAUUCUGGAAGACAACUGAUGGAAUGGUUGAGGAUGAAGUUAGAUUAUCUAGAGCCAUUUGCACCAAAUGAUGCAGUUCACUUCUAUUUCAAACGAAGAUGGAGCCGUGAGAAAUUUGUUUCUGCUGUCGAUACACUGAAGGAAGUGGAAACUGUGGAAGAAAAGGCAGAAGAGCAAGUCCAAGUAGUACCUCGCACUGAAUCCGAAUCCAUCCACAGUUCCACAGAGGACGAAGAAGACAUCAACGUGUACAUAAGUCUAAUGUCAAGACCAAUGGCUCUGGAUGGAUUUAAGUUAGAAAAGAAAACUGAAGAGCCUGAACAAGAAACGCCUUUACCUUUUGAGGUAAAUCACAUGCACCUGGACAAAGAAAGAAAGAUGAGGGAUGGGUUGCUUGCUGGGGGUCCACCAAUGAAAGCAAUGGAGGCAGAAAAUAAAUCAACUAAAGAGAAGAAAGUUAAGAAGCAUCAAAAGAACGGACGCAACUUCUUACGUCGAUUAUUUGGCCUUUAAUUAAUGAAAUAGAGACUUGCAUAAUAAAAUUAUAGAUUUUUGCCAGUUACUAAUUGCAAUAAAUACCAUGUACAAUUU